AUGAAGACCUUCCGGUACGUAUGUCUCUUGGCCGAGACCGGAACGUUCCAGAGGAUGGGUCGUGAAGUGUACGGUGGAGACUCUAGUGGAGACGACAAAAUGAAGGACCUAUACAACAAAGGAGUCCACGUUGGUUCAUUGGGUUUGAUGAUUAAUGCAAUUGUUCUUGGAGUUGUGUCCCUUUUUAUUGAAUGGCUUAGUCAGAAAAUGGGAGGAGCUAAACGGCUUUGGGGAGCUGUCAACUUUAUCCUUGCCGUGUGUUUGGGUUUGACGGUUUUGAUUACAAAGUUGGCGGAGGCUCACAGGAAAACCGCUGGUGCGUUUGCCGGUCCAACCGAUGCGAUUAGAGGUGGAGCAUUGACAAUCUUUGCUUUUCUUGGAAUCCCUCUAGCUGUUACUUUUAGUAUUCCGUUUGCACUAGCUUCCAUUAUCUCAAGCAACUCCGGUGUCGGCCAAGGACUUUCUCUUGGAGUACUAAAUUUGGCAAUCGUGAUACCACAAAUGGUGGUGUCACUUGGAGGUGGGCCUUUCGAUGCGUUGUUUGGAGGUGGAAACUUACCUGGAUUUGUGGUCGGAGCAAUUGCAGCGGCAGUUAGUGGUGUGGUGGCGUUAACAGUUCUUCCUUAG